UGCCGAAUUUCCUUUUAUCUCUUUUAAUUAUUUACAUGUUUGAAGUAUGUCACAUCGUCAACAGACACUGAUAUUCAGAGUAACCCUCUGUGUUAUAUAAGACUACUGUCAUUAGAAAGAAACGUGAUUUCUUGUUGUUAAAUGUGUGAUUGAUAAGCCUUUGAACUAACUCAGCAUGGACGCAACACACUUGGCCCGCCUACGUGAAGAACAAGACAAGGCUAUAGUUGAGACUGAUGAGAGAAUUACACAAUGGGAGGAGAUGAAAAGUAGUUAUGUUAGCCUCCAGGACAAGCUUAAUAGUCUAUCACAUCAAGUCUCUCAUGAUGUAAUGGUACCAUUUGGACCAUGUGCAUUUAUGCCUGGUAAAAUAGUGCACACCAAUGAGAUAUUAGUAUUACUAGGAGAUAAUUGGUUUGUAGAAAGAUCUGCCAAACAAGCUGCUGAAAUAGCUGGAAGAAGAAUUGAUAGUAUUGAAAAAUCCAUAAAAGACUUAAGUGAACAGAAAAAACUUCUACAACCUAGAGUUGAUAUUACUUCUGAAUUUCAACACUUAGCAGAGGAAAAAGAUGGAAUAAAAGAAAUAGUAGAAGAUUAUGAUUCAGAUGAAGAUAAGAAAUGGAGAGAAAAACACAAGAAAAGUGUCCAAGCUCACAGAAGAAAAUUACAUGAAGAUAGAAAACAAAGUGAAUCUAAAAGUGAGCUAAAAUCUGAGCUAACAAGAGAUGAGUUAUGGGAAAGAUUAGAUGAAUUGGAACAAAUAGAAAACAGUAGACAAGAAUUAAAAAGAUUGAAGCCCGAACAACCAUUUGUCCACUCACAGCCAGAUUUUAAAGAUGUAUUUCCCAGCCAAACAACAAAAUCACCUGACCAGUCCAUUUCAAAAUCAUCAAAGAAAGCAGUUGAUAUUCCUCUACAAGAGACAAACAAGGACAAUAAACGUCUUCCCUCUAAACGCAUACAGUGGGAAGACGAAGACUCUGAGGACAAUACUGAUGAUAGUUAUGAUGAAGACAGCUCGGAUGAUACCAGUACUUCAAAUCAAAAUGACUCCGAACCCAGGCAUGUCAAAAGGAUAACCUUCAGUCACAGUUCUCAAUCUUUAAAUAAACAGAAUUCUAGUUCAUCCAAUGACAUAGAGGAAGAAUCUAGAGAAGGGUCUGCUGAUAGACCACCUGAUAUUGCUAGUCCUGCUGAUAUCUAUAAACAUUUUGGUCAACUAACACAACCUAAAUCAAUAUUAAAACAAUCCUCCUGUAAGAAACAGGCUGUACGUAAAGCUAGAGAAGCUGAAAUAGAGGAGAGUAGAAGUAAAAGUUCUGUCAAGAAGAUGUCUGAUACAGCAUUCUCUGGAGCCAUAUUAGAAAAGCCAUCAAUAUCCUCUACACAAUCAAUAGUUAGUAUGCCAAAACCAGUGAAUACAUCACAAAGUUCUCAGAGACCUAUGUCAAAGUUCCGAGCUGCUAGACAAAAACAAAAUGAAAGUUGAAAGAGUACUGUCAGGUGAUCAGAAUCAAUAAAGAAUUAUAACAGUGAUUAUUUUUUUAUAUGCUUCCACAUAAGCAUGUGAUGUAUAUCUGUCCACAAAUUUCAUUGGAUGAAGCAUUUGAUGUUGUUGUGAAAUGAAGGUUGCAAGAAUCGAAACAUAAAAUUAUGGAGUAAUUCACAUCCAAGUUUUUAUAAACCAUUGGUCUAUCUGAAAAUCUGAAAGUGCCUUAGAACUUCCAAAUCUUAAACUGUUGAUUUUGAAGAAAAAAUAAACCAUAAAAAUUCU